UUUUUAGUAAUUAUAGAAUGUCAAGUAAAAAAUAUACAGAAACUCCAGUAAAGGAGGCAAUAGUUCGCGCAAAAAACCAAGGUCAAAGUUCAAAAGCAGUUGCAGCACUUUUCAAUGUCAAAGUUCGAACAGUUCAACACAUUUACAAGCUCAGUCAAGAGCGAGGACACUCCCAUAGGCUUCCGAAAACAGGCAGACCCAAGAAACUAAGCAAUGCCGAUGAAAGAAUUUUGAUCCGACCUGUGCGAGACAAUCCAAACUUAUCAGCACGUGAUGUUGCAAAGCAAGCACAGCUACAACUCGGCGUCACAAUCACCCGUUGGACACGCUUCAAUUUUCACAAUCCUGAUGGUGGAAAUUUCAUUAGGAGGCCUCCUAACAAACGAUAUGACCCAAAAUUUAUCAAAUCAACAAUGAAAUACGGGGGAGGAGGAAUAAUGGCUUGGGGUUGUUUUUCUCGCGAUGGCAUUGGUCCGUUAGUCAGAAUUCAUGGCAAUAUGACUGCUAUUAUGUACCGCGACAUUCUUGCGAACAACAUGAUACCUCAUGCUCGAGAAAAACUAGCACGUGGAUGGAAAUUUAUGCAAGACAACGACAGCAAGCACACAAGUAGGCUGUUGCGAGGUGGAAUUGAUAAGAAUGGAAGAGUGACAUUUAGCUGGUGGAGACAGAAUGGAAUUGAUUUAAUGAUUACUCCUCCAUAUUCCCCUGAUAUUAACCCUAUUGAGCAUUUGUGGAGUGUUGUUAAACGUAAAUUGAGAGGAAAUAGGUUUAGGAAUGGGGAUCAACUGUGGGAGUCCGUUUUAGCCGCCUGGAAUUCGAUACCAAUUGAGACCCUUAUUAAUCUUGUUAACUCUAUGCCUAGUCGACUUCAUGCUAUUAUUCGUGCAAAUGGUGGUGUCACCAAAUAUUGAUUUGUUAUAUUUUUUUAGUUGAAAUAAAAUUGACGCAAUUACUUUUGCACCCUUUAAAUUUGAGUGUGUUUGAUUUAACCAGCCAUAAAUAUUUGUU